AUGAGAGUUGCCUUCAGCAUCUUUGCAGCGCCUCUCCGUUUCUCCCCGUCUCAAUGCUGCUGGGCAAGGAUGCCCAUCGGCCGGACUUGGCUGCUGGCCCUGGCCCUGCUGGCAGGGCGUGGGGAGGCUCAGAGGUGCAACCCUGAACUCCAAGGGGUUGCUCACAAUUUGGCCAAGGGUCGCCCGGCCUAUCAGUCCUCCCUCUACCCACAUCCGAUUGUUGGAGCAGCGAGCAAAGCCGUGGAUGGGAACUGUAGCGGCGAGUGGUAUACAGAUGGCAGCUGCACCCACACUGGGUUUGAAAUGGAGCCCUGGUGGUACGUGGACUUGGGCGACCAGUACGCCAUCUCCGCUGUGGUGGUGAAAAACCGGGGGGACUGCUGUGGUGAACGACUCCAGGGAGCCCAGAUCCGCGUAGGAGACUCCGUGGCUGACCAUGGCAAGUCCAGCCCCCUUUGUGGGACCAUCACAGACACCAGACUUGGCUCUGUCAGCACCUUGUACUGCAACUGGCUCAAAGGCCGCUAUGUGAGCAUCAGGAUCCCUGGACGGGCAGAAUGCCUUCACGUGUGCGAGGUGGAGGUCUACGGCACCAAGCCGGAAGACACAUUUUGGGAGAGGAUAAAAGUGCCGAGGGUGCUCCACGGAGGCAUCCGGGACUCAGCUGGAAGCACAGAGGCCUCCCUGCUGAACUCCAGGAUGCUCAUCCUCUGGGCUUUGCUGCUGGUCCUGGCCCUCCUGGCGGGGAGCGGGGAAUCCCAGAGCUGCAAACCCAUACCUGGAGGAAAUAACUUGGCCAAAUACAGGCCAGCCUGUCAGUCCUCUACAUUCGCCUACGAGAUUAUUGGCUUGGCAAACAAAGCCGUGGAUGAGAUCUGUGAUGGGGACUUCUACCAUGGCUCCUGCACCCACACCAAUGGGGAGAAUAACCCAUGGUGGUACGUGGACUUGGGUGCCGAGUAUGCCAUCGCUGCCAUGGUGGUGAAAAACCGUGAGGACUGUUGUGGCGAGAGACUCAAGGGAGCCGAGGUCCGCGUGGGAAACUCCAUUUCAGACCACGGCAAAUCCAACCCCCUGUGUGGGAACAUCACGGAUGGCAGCAACGGCUCCAUCAGCACCCUCUAUUGCAAGUGGAUGAGAGGCCGCUACGUCAGCAUCCACAUCCCUCGCCAGUCAGUUGCGCUGACGCUGUGUGAGGUGGAAGUCUACGGGCUCACAUCAGAAAAUGAGUGUUAG